AUGGCAAAACUCAUUUGGUGGUCUAUAUUGUUACUAGUAACAACAGUGUUUGCCCAGGAUGCCAGUCUUCUUCUACGAAUUCGCGAGACCCAGGAUUCUCUCAUUGAGGAAGGAGCAAACCUCGGUUUAUUAAGUGAGUAUGAUCAAUUGAUUACUGAUUUGGAAAGGGCUUUGGAGGAUAACGACGAAAAAAUUACAGCCAACUUGGUAGCACAGGUCUACUACAACAAAGCUAUUGUGGAGCUCAGCUUGAACAAAGUCCAAAGAGCAAUUGGCGAUUUGGGCCGCACUUUGGACUUGGAUCCAUCAUUAUCACUUGCAUCUUCCCAACUCAUAAAGGUGUUGGUGGAAAGAGGCAGAUUUGGCGAAAUCAGAGCCCGCUUCUCCGCGGAAGAUUAUUCCGACACUUUUUUGCAGAUGGAUAAGUGGGAAAAUGCGUAUCUGCGAGUUUCCACCUAUGUAUCUGGCGAAACUUCUGAAUUGUCCGUUGACGAGUGUUUGGAGAUCAUUCUGAUGUUUCUAAUGCCGAUUACGCCGUACAACUCCAACGUUUUUGAGGCUCACCUUUAUUGUACCAAAGGCAAAGCCAAAGAAGCUGUGGCUGAUGGCGACCAUGAAACGGCAUUGGCUUUAUACAAAGAAAUCAUCUCGGACUACUCGAGGUUGUUGAACUUACAUCCACAGCGCAAUUUGCAACAUUACAGUGACUUUGCCGAGUACAAGCUCUUCACCCAAUUGAUGGUGCAAGAUAGUUGGGCCAUUGUCAAAUCUUGCUUGCGUAUUGACAAUGUGUUUGAGCAAUGUGGAAGUCUUUCCAAGAUGUUUUCGAAACUUCAGGAUUUGUUGAAACAUUUGGAGGAGUAUUCGAUAUUUGACGGCUUUCUCUACCCCAAUGUGGGCGAACAGACAGACCUUCAGCAGGCGCGCCUUGAUUCGUUUGACUUUGAUUUCCGUCUAAUUGAUGAAACCUUAUCUGGGCGAGUCAAUCUUGCCAAACGAGAGAUGAGCAAGCUUCCCAAAAAUGUUAGAAGCGUCUAUGACUUCCUCAUGUGGAAAGUCGAUGAGUUUUCGCAGCGAGAGUUUGGCGUUGCAGCCAGAGUGUCGGGACUUAUGUUUGUUGAAGUUCUCAAUAAGCUCGCCUGUGAAGCUGGAGUCAGGAGUGGCAAAGCAAAUAACCCGUACUGUGGCAAAAUUAACGACGACAACGACAUGUUUUUCCCUAAGUACGCAGCACAGGUUGACCAACUCAUAAAGAGGAAGAACUUCAAGGAGGCGCAGAGAAUUUUGCAGAAGUGCAACAGAAACGUCCAGAAAACAGCGUUUUUCAAAGAGCGGUGGUCAGUGGUGGAAAGACACAGACAGCAGCAGCAACAAAAACAUCAACAGCAGCAACAGUACGAAUUUCACCAAAGACAGCAGAGACUGCGUCAGUACCAGAAGCAGAGACAACACCAGCAACAUCAACAACGACAGCAGCAAAACCAGGACAAGUCCAAGGAUUACUACAAGAUCUUAGACAUUCCAAAAGAUGCAGACGAGAAGACCAUAAAGAAGGGCUACAGAACGCAGACAUUGAAGUAUCAUCCAGAUAAAUAUAAGGGUGGAGAUCUUUCCGAGAAGCAGAUUGAGGAGAAGAUGCAAGAUAUUAAUGAGGCCUACGAGGUGUUAUCGGAUGCAGAGAGCCGCCAGUCAUACGACAGAGGUGACAGUGGAGAAGGUCAAGGAGGAGGUCAUCCAGGUGGAUUUGGAGGACAGCCCAACAUGAAUUUCCAUUUCGACCCCAACUUUAUGGGUAACUUCAUGCGUGAUGGACAUUUCCAGUUCCAUUUCUGA